AUGCGCGUCAAAAGCGUGGCCAUCGUCGGGGCAGGCCCCGCCGGCGCCAUCGCCGUCGACGCCUUUGCGCAGGAAAAAGCUUUUGAUGUAAUCCGUGUGUUUGAGAGGAGGGAGAAAGCCGGGGGAUGCUGGAUCUACGACGACGAAGAACCACCCGCUCUCACCGAUUUGGAUGCCCUCGCCAAUCGAACAGCUGAUGCGCCAGUCGAGCUUCCCAAGACGUUCCCGGCGUACACGCCGCGGUCGUCCAAGAACCGGUUCACCGACACGCCGGUAUACCCGACGCUCGAAGCCAACGUCGACGCGGGCAUCAUGUCGUUUUCGCAGGAGCCCAUCCCGGCCAUUCGAUCGCCAACCUCGAUCAAGAUCCAUGGCGAAGAUACCCCGUUCCGCCAUCAUACCGUCAUCAGGCAGUAUAUCGAAGAUCUCCUCAACCGCAACGGCUACCAGGAUUUGGUCGAGUAUAACACCACAGUCGAGAAUGCCCGCAAGGACAAGACUCUGAAUAAAUGGGUCUUGACGCUCCGCCGACAGGGCAGGCAGUACGACUACUGGUGGCAGGAGACGUUCGAUGCGCUGGUUGUCGCCAGCGGGCAUUACAGCGUGCCGUAUAUCCCUCCCAUCAAGGGGCUCAAGGAGUUUGCGGCCGUCUAUCCGGGGAGCGUCGAGCAUACGAAGGGAUUCAGGGAUCCGGAAAAAUACCGUGGGAAGAGAGUCAUCACAGUCGGCGCAUCCGUCUCCGCCGCCGACACAGCCGUCAGCCUGAUCGACAUCGCCGAAACGCCCAUCCACGCCGUCGUGCGCGGCAAAUACAACAUCUACUUUGGCGACGAGGCCUUCAAGCACCCCAAGAUCCAGCGACGACCGCCCAUCUCGCACGUUGAUGUUGACGGCCGAACCGUCUUUUUCGAGGACGGCUCCUCCCUGCGCGACGUCGACCACAUCAUCUUUGGCACGGGGUACUCAUGGACUCUGCCGUUCUUGCCGCAUAUCCAGACGAGGAAUAAUCGCAUCCCGGAUUUGUAUCUGCAUGUCUUUCAUGGAGAGGAUCCUACGCUGGCUUUUAUCGGGGCGCUAACCAGUCCGCAGGUCGGCGCAGGAUUCACCUUCAAAGUCUUCGAAUGGCAAUCCGUCCUCGCGGCGCGCGUCUUCGCCGGCCGCGCCCAACUGCCACCGCUCGAGGAGCGCAGGAAAUGGGAAGCAGAGCGGAUCAAAGAACGCGGCGACGGCCCGCGCUUCACGCUGCUGGCGCCCGACUUUGAGGAAUACUUCGAGCUGGUGCGGCGGCUGGCGGGCGAGCCGGACGAGAGCAAGGGCCGACCGGGCCGACGACUGCCGAAAUUCGACCCCAGCUGGGUGAAGACCUUCUGGGAUGGGCAUCAGCGACGGGUCGAGAUGUGGAAGCGCGCGAAUGCGAAGGGGACAUGUACACGUACAAUCUUGAGAGAUUAUGACCUCGACUGA